ACGACUGGAAAAUCAGAUAUCCAUGGAAAAAACGAAAGCUCCAUAGCUUCACUGGUUUGCUCAAUAGAUGGCGUUUCAUAUCUCAUUAUAAUAUUGCUAUCCUUUGCUUGUAAUCUGUUUCGACGUUCUAGUUCUAGCAAUGCAUAACUUCAAUGCAUAACCAUGCAACAGUACAGUGGAAAUGAGAAAGCUCUCCAACGGAAGAAAACUCCGCUGUGUGGCUAUCCCACCAAUAGAUGGCGCCAUCAGCUUUUUUGCUAUUUUUAGAACGCAUGAGUCAUUUACCGUCUGCUAAACGAAGGCUUUUUAUUUUCCGUUUUGGUUGAGAGCUUGAGCCGUGUAGACCCCGUUUAGUGGUUAUUGGGUGGAUUUGUGGCACAUGGGAGCGUAUCUCGGGGACAGUCUGUAUAAUCGAAUAGUCAACACCUUGUUUUUGUCAAGGCACAAAAUCAAGUUGCAUUCUCGUCGAUUUAAUUUGUUGAUUUUUUCCCGUAGUGUAUUUGUUGUUUGGAGUCUUUGGUGAAAAGUGAUGUAUGCAUUUUCUUUGAUUUUCUUUGAUUUUCAUUGACGUACACAUCACUUUUCGUCGAUUUGUCUUGAUUUGUGUUUCGAACACAAUAAAUCAAUUAGAGAGCGAGAAAUAUAUAGAGAGAUAGAGUAAGAGAGUUAUAGAGAGAUAGAGACAGAGUGAUUCCAUUACAAACCGUUCAAACGUGUACCAUUUUGCUCAUCGGGGGGCAGUUAAUGUCAAGUUUUCCCUUGGCGCGAAAUCAGUCCCCUCCGCCGAAGUGUUGAAAAAAGCACAACGAAAAGCAAAAUAAAUGUAAAACUACUAUUAAACAUGUGUAUGGUGCCGUUUGUUCAUCAUGAAGUUAAUCUGUGAGACUUGCACCAUAAAUCGGUCCGUGGCCGGGGGUAAACGUGCGUUCCAGAAAACGAUCCUUGCCAUCGGGAAGGGAUCCGAGCGGAAGGGAGAUGAAACGAAGAUCAUGCUCAUUACGACCGCCAACAAGGCCGGCACCAAGUACAGCGUCCUAAAGAACAUAAGCAAGAUAUUUACCCGCUUUCUGGAGGAAGGAAAGGCCACGAUUUCGUUCGUCGCACCCGAGCACGAUGUGCAGAUUAAAAGUGAUAAAGUUCAGCUGACGGCGUUCCUGAAGGUGCUAAAGCUGGUGCUCACGGGAAGCGGACAACCGGCGGAAGGGACCCAGCCCGUCACGAAUCCCUUUUCACCGUCCGCUCCACUGCGACUGCCGUGUCUUACCGUGGGGAAGAAAAAAGCCUCCAUUCUCGAUUCUCCGAGUGUCCUGGCGACCAAGUGCGUGAUAACGAACAGGAAGGACUACCCAACGAAAGGCUUUUCUCGCCUGCUCGUGUCGUUGCAGAUUACCGACGUGAAGCUUUCACGAUUCGACUCACAGAUAUUGUUGCUACAGAAGCUUCGAUUUUUAAACCUGUCCAACAACUGUUUACGCAGCUUGCCUCGCGCACUUGGCCAGCUACGACUGAGCGAGCUGGAUCUGUCGAGCAACAGAUUAGCCGACUGCACCUGGGACUGGCUGCUGGAACCGAACAUUCAGUCGUCGCUGCAGAGUCUCAACAUUUCCGACAACGGGCUCUCAUUCUUACCGAUCAAUGUGAUAAACGCUGGCGCACUGGUGGCACUAACAGCGAACAACAACCACAUCCGCAAGCUACCCUUUGCGCUGUGGACUAUGAGCCGGCUUCGGGUGCUUUCGUUGGCCAAAAACCAGAUCGAUGGUGUACCGGAAACCUUGGAACGAAUAAGACUGGAGCGGUUAGAUCUGUCGGAAAAUAAUCUUUCACCCGACGGAGGAACAGCUGAGCUACACCCGAGUCCUUCGAUGCAGCAGCGGCAACCGUCGACCCUGUUCGAACUCGCCGCACGUACCGUGAUCCAUAGGAAGCUUCCAUACGCAAUGCCAGGACUGUUGCCGUUCACCGUGGUGGACAUUAUACGCCGUGUGCCUCUUUGCGGCUGUGGCCAACCGUGUUUCGAUGCGAAAGUGUACCAGCGCACGAAAGUGAUCAAUGGGCGCUGUUCCUGCUUGGUGCUCAACGCCAACCAUCUUCUCAUCGCGGACAGUGUUUUUUGCAGCGAAAAGUGUAUCCGGAAAGCGAACGAGCGGAGACUUCAUAAUCGAGGAUUUUAAACUAGUAGCUACUGUGUUUUAAUAAAUUAUUCUUGUUACAUUUUCACUA